ACAGUCUGGUCGUGUGUGAAGAAGUGUGGAGACAUCUCUACAGCUCUCCACCUUCAGCUCAGUCUCAUGUUCACAGUCAACCCUGAUUGGUCCAAACACAGAGACGAUCUAGAAUAUUCCGUCUCUGUCUUUUGUCCUGGUCACUCACUCACUGCUGCGCUGGGAUAAAAGUGUGAUUAUUUCCAUUAUUUCCGUCUGAAUGUGCUCCGUCCCUCCUCCUGUGGCCUGGUUUGGCACCUCCUCUGUCAAACACAUCAGUCUGAGCACAAAGGUGCUGCUGCUCCCGCCUCCUGGAGCCAACGUUCAGGAGAGUCGGAAUCACCGAUUGAGGAGGAAAAGGUUUGAAGACGAGGCCUGUCUGUUGGUGAGGAGGUAUCAAUAUUCUGAUUUACACACAGGAACCUGAUGAAAAUGUAUGAACAAACAUCUGUCUCCACAAUGAAGAGGACACCUUUCAACCACAACAAGUCAGGGAAGAAGUUGGAAGAGAUCAUUUCAGGAGAGAAAGCGGGGGAUUUGAACUCCUCCGUCGUCGUCCUGGUUUCUAGGACAAAAAUAUCCUCAAAGAAAUUCCAUCCAAUGACGUGUGUUAAGACCAUGAAGCGGACGAACCCUGGUGCAGAGGAAACACCUCCAAUUCUGAUCCCAGAGAAAACUCCUCUGUUGGUUUUUAUUCAUGAAGACAAUACACACAAUCAACCUGCGUUCGACUUGGUCUUCAAUAUUUGAUCAUGAAAACACCCCGAGGCUCCUGACACUCUCACAUCACUCUUUGUCUUUUUCAUCUCCGUCAGACGGAGCCGCAGGCUUUUAAUAAUUGAAUUAAUUACAAUGACAACGUUGUGUGUCCUCGUCUGAUUGUAACAGGAUCAGUGGGACGAUAAGAGCUGGUGUCAGGCUCUGAGCUGCGGCAGAAGAACCCACGCGUCUGUUCCCGCCCACAGUCACUGACACGAACACCACUGACACUGCAGGGUCUGUUUUUAACUGGGAAAAAAUUUAAAUCAGGAGAAAUGAACAGAUUUUCUUAAGAAAAUUGUAAUUAAAUCCAGUCAUGUGUUAUGUUAAUGAUUUAGCAUCGUCCUGGCUAAUUUGUAAGUAUUUUUGCUAAGCUUUAGCUAUAAUGUGUUUUUGUUCUUUGUUGGCUUAAAUUUAUUUAAUGUUUAAACCAAAGAUGUUUGUUUAAACCAAACAUCUUCUGAUUUGUAUUGGUUUUAUUGGUUAAAUUUACUCGUUUACGACCAUUGUUUUUACCCACUUUUGUCCACAGUGAUGCAGUGAGACAGAACUAGUCAGCUGUGCUGUGAUGGACUCUGACAGCCUUUGCUCAGUGGUUGUGUUGUGGGCUGCAGACCACGAUCACAGUCACAACCUGCUGUAGUAUCAGCUGCUUCUAAACGGUUCUGUCUAACUACUGAAACGUGUGUUAAGUUUGGACUCCAUUUUCCACACUUUUAUUUUGGGGUUCUGUGUUAAUUACCAAAGGGGAAUUAAUCUAGAUUGAACUCAUCUAUCAAAACGAUUAACACCAGAAGCUCUGAGAUGACUUUUUUAGUAAACUGUGGGAGUGCAGAAGUUUUGGUGCUUCGUCAGCGACAUUCUGGGUUUGGAUCCACUUCUACAAAGAUUGUUUUUUUUUAAAUAAAAACUGAAGAUUAGGGAUCCUUCGGUCUACGAACAGAUCUGUUUAGAAGAGAUCGGACGUCCAGCCGUGAAGAAAGUGUUCGUCUGAGUGACAGACGACCACGUCCAAGGAUACACAGCAGACAGUCACUGUAAUGGACUGUGAUUAAAGAACUGAUGAGUGGAACUAACGAGGCCUUUAAUGAUCCAAAGACAAAGAGGACAACGGGAACGACUGGACACCUGUAACGACCACAGGCACGGGCUGGACGUGGUGACACAGAUCAGUGUGUUUAACAGCAGCAGCAAGUCUUCAACAACAGGAGGACAGGAAGUUACUUCUCCGACAGCUGCCCUCUACUGGCAAGAGGUUCAGUACAGAUAUUUUUAAUUUUAACUACUGUAUGUGGAGAUCUAUGAACGCAGAGGCACUCACAUCAGCAACGACCUCAAAUGGAAAACAAAUGCAGAUCAAAUCCACAAAAAAGCCCAGCAAAGACUCUUCCACCUCCAACAGCUCAAGAAGAUCAGAGUGAAACCUCAUCUCCUGUUAAAAGGAAGAUGGGUGAUGAUGGUAACAGUUCUGGACCUGAAAAGAUAUCCUAGCAAGUAAGAGUAGUUGCGGCAGCCAUUGGAUCUCCAAGUGGAAAUCACGUUUUUUCAAGAGACUUUUUGCUCUAAGCGGAGACUUCCUUUGUUCAAAGACUCUUUCAGUUUAAUAAGUAUUGGUACAGUAUUCAUUACCGACUGAUCCUGCAAUAAACUUUUGGACAGCGCUUCUGUCUUCGUGUGUUGCAUUUGGGUCCAAAAGUCCAACAUUCCUGACACUGAAUGUUGUUGAUAUUUUCCACAAAAACUUACAUGUAGAAGUCUUUUUUUUUAAAAUAAAACGCAGAGGGUUCAAAUUCAAAGAACCUAAUAGUACAGAAUAAUCCAGUAGCAACAGGCAUGUAAUGGACGUCAAGGACAUCACAGGCACCAAAGACAUUGUGGGGUAAUACACAACCAGGCUGCAGGUCGACAGAAACUGUUGUUAUUUGACAGUUGCUGUUGAACAUCAAGAAAGCUUAACUGAUUGUUAUUUGGCAGUUGCUGUUGAACAUCAAGCAAGCUGUGUUUUCGAUGGAUCCUCCAGUUGACUUAGGUAAACCUGCUCAACCUGACAAAGUCCUCCCAGGAUCCUACCUCCAUUCUGGAUCCUCAACCUACCGUGUAGAGGCCUUCCUGGGACAAGGCACUUAUGGCAUAGUGUCAAAAUGUCUGAGACUGGAGGACAAGCAGACAGUUGCCAUCAAGUUGCUGAGGAAGUACGGCCCCUAUCUAAAGCAGGCCAAAAUGGAGCUGGCUGCUUUGAACAAGCUGAAGAAUCUGGACGCAGACAAAUGCAACCUUGUCCGGUGGCAUCAGGUCUUCACCGACAGAGGGCAUGUUUGCUUGGAGUUUGAGCAUCUGGACAAGAGUCUUUAUGACUUAAUGGCGGAGAGGAGUGGCCGUUCAAUGCCGUUAAAACAGAUCAGACCACUAGUUUACCAGCUGGCAGUGGCACUGACUCAUCUGAAGGCUCAAGGUAUCAUUCACGCAGAUUUGAAGUUAGAAAAUGUGAUGUUGGUCAACCACAUUCAGCAGCCCUUCAGAAUCAAGUUGAUUGACUUCGGCCUGGCCCGUCUAACAACAGAAAUAAAAAUAGGGUCCUAUAUUCAAAGCCGGCCAUAUCGAUCUCCAGAGAUCCUACUUGGCCUGCCAUUCACAGAGGCCAUUGAUAUCUGGUCUCUUGGCUGCUUGGCUGCUGUUCUCUACCUGGGCACCCAGCUCUAUCCUGGGAAAACAGAGUACCUCAUGAUGACUUACAUUGUGGAGACCCAGGGUCAGCCUGCAGACCACAUUCUCUCCCGUGGACGCAAGACUAAACGUUUUUUCCAACGAGUCACAAGCUCCACCAGCUCCACCAGCUCCACCAGCUCCAGGAUGCUCCACCUUGACCCUUCCGAACGCCUCACACCCAGUCAGGUGGUUGAGCAUCAGUUUAUAACGAUGCAACAUCUCCACAGCAUGAUCCCCCUCAGCUUUGAAGUGAGAUCCAACUUUCACCUCAUGGACCAGUUUAAAAAAAGAACUGUGGUCAGUGAAAAGGAUGAAACACUGCAGCAGCCGUCCUCUACCAGGACUGUUCUUGUCAAAAAGAACUGUCAUCCCAACACCAAAAGUAGCUGUGUUUGGACCAACGCUUUUUCCAAGGCCACAAGGACUGAUGAGUCACUGCUUACGGUAAAAGCCACCUUUCCCCCCUUUAAAAGGAAGAUGGCUGAUGAUGGCAACGAUUCUGGACCUAAAAAAAGUCGUACUGACUAUCGUGCCUUACCUGUUAAAAGGAAGCUGGCUUAUGAUAGCAACGAUUCUGAUCCUAAAAAGCGUCGUAUUGACUAUGGUGCCGUCACUGUUAUAAGGAAGCUGGGUGAUGAUGAAGACAGUUCUGGACCUAAAAAGAGUCGUACUGACUAUCGUGCCUUACCUGUUAAAAGGAAGCUGGCUUAUGAUAGCAACGAUUCUGAUCCUAAAAAGCGUCGUAUUGACUAUGGUGCCGUCACUGUUAAAAGGAAGAUGGGUGAUGAUGGAAGAUGGCUGAUGAUGGCAACAGUUCUGGACCUAAAAGGAUUCGUACUGACCAUAGUGCCUGGUUUACAAGUGGUAGAGCAGCUACUCCAAUGGAAGUGA